AUGCAAAAGUUUGAGUUUGGAAUCUCAGGCCCUGAGGAGCUGACUGUGGAGCGUGCUCACUCUGCCCUGGAGAACGUGUUUGAGACACUGAGGGGAGUCAGUCAUGCCAGAGACCACCUGAAGAACUUCAGCUCUGUGUACACUCCCAGUGAUGGAGCACAUCAGGCAACAUACCGGCCAUUGCUUAAGCAGGUGCUAGAAGAGAUCUUCCACCCAGACAGACGUGAAUGCCCUGAUGUAGAGCACAUGUCCGGGGGACUCACUGACCUUCUCAAGACUGGCUUCAGCAUGUUCAUGAAGGUCACUCGACCACACCCAAGUGAUCAUCCACUCUUGUUUCUCUUCCUGGUGGGCGGAGUCACACCAUCAGAGCUCCGCCUCAUUCGUGAAGUUGUCUCCACCCAUAAGUCAUGCACUCAGGUACUCGUAAUGUCCACUAGGCUGCUGAGACCUUCCGAUGUCCCUCACUUACUCUUCCGCACUGACAGACUCAAACCUGACAUUGGAGUGUGAAGAGACUGAACACACACACUUCUGGCUGUUGAAUCAAUUCUUUCCAGCAUAUUUUUCCUUUUGUCUCAAUUUCAGAGGCAUUCGAUAAAAAACAAAUCAUGCAUUUAAAAAGGUUUAAGGAAUAUACAGAACAUGCUUCUGUUCCUUAUAAAUACCACAACAUCCCGUUCCAAUUAUUUCACAUUUUGUUGUAUAUGACCAAAGAUUCUGUCUUACCAUUUUCCCUUAAAGUCCCUCAAUUUUUUCCCUUUAAAUAA